AUUGAUGCUUUUAGCUAUCAAAAGAUUAAUUUCAUUCAGGGAUGAUUUUAUGCUCUACCUAGCGCAUAAAUAUUAUAAAACAAUUUUCAUCUCCCUCACAUAAUACUGAAAAAUGAAAAUAAAAUUUAAAUUUCUAACAAAAGUUCUCCAAAACAAGAACUUUUAAACUUCACUUUAAAGAAUUCUUACUGUAGGUCAUUCUCCACGAAUACUUUUUUCAUUCAUAUCAAUCGAAAUGAUAGAAAUUAAAGCAAAAUUAUUAAGAAAUCAGUCAUCAGUAUUUUUAUGUGGUGAGACAGUUGAACUAUUUGUUACAUUUUCAAAUCAUUCCCUUCCUGAGCAUAAAAUAUCACAAUCGAAUGUAGAUGUUUUGGAGAAUUUGGCAUGGGCUUCAGUCCAAAUUAAUGGAUAUUGUAAGACUCAAGAACUUAAGUCAAUAAUUUCGAAUCAAAACCAAGUUUUACCAAGAACGAGUUUAAAUAUUCACGAAAAUUCAUUCCUGGCGACUGAACCAAAGAUCUUAUUUUGCGACCUAAGACUUGCGAAUGGGGAAUCAAGAACAUAUUAUUAUCGCGAACAGAUCCCAACUUGCCCUCCAACCUACAGAGGUGUUGACAUCAAAUAUUAUUAUAAAGUUAGCAUAGCUACACAACGCGUUGGGUCAAGAGUUCAACUUCUACAAGUUCCAAUAAGAGUUCUUCCACUUUUAAUUGAAGAAAAACCAGAACAACUUCCAGCUCCUUGUGAUGUUACAAACGACGAACUCACACCUACAAAUCCAUUUCUGGAUAAUGAUCGGAAAGUUGUAUCGAAAGUCGAAAUUGCUUUGGAAAAUCUUCAAAAUAUUACAGCACGUCGUCGUCCUAAUUUUUACAUCAUAACCAAUCGAAGAGGAAAAGUUGGACGUUUUUGUCUAUUCAAACCUUGCUACAAACUCGGUGAAGACAUUGUUGGAACUUUAGACUUUUCUUGUCGUACUAUUCGAUGUGUGCAAUUGUCAGUGACACUUCAAUGUGAAGAGAUACUGGCGAAUAAAGUCAGUAAAUCUCCUGUCGAUGUAAAAGAGAAUUCAAAAGGAACUACUGGAAAAAUAACAAACUUCACUAAACAUCAUGAGAUUUGUAUUGGACUUUUACAAACUCAAAUGAUUCUUCCAAUUCCACUUCAUGUGACGCCAUCAUUCUCAACAGAUUUGGUUGAUGUCAGAUGGAGACUUCACUUUCAAUUUGUGACUACAACAAAUGAAGAGUUGAUGCCCAUUGAUGGACCACAAAAUGAGAAUUGGAAUGGACCGAAAAAUAUUGACAUAGAAACGAUGGUUUGGAAUUUACCAAUAACAAUUUAUGCAACAAAUCCAACACAAAUCUUCCAUCCAAACUCAGGAGAUUGCUUGAUAUUGAAAUAGAAAUAAUUUUAUUCAAUAAAAUGUUUGAUUUUAAUCAGAA